AUGCUGUGCGGUGGGUCGCAGAAGGCAGGAAUCGUCUUCCUCAAGCGACAACUUUUCAGCAUCAAGAUGACUGAAGGUGCAGACGUCACGCACCACUGCAACGAGGUCCUCAACAUCUCCGCCAAACUUAGCGGCAUCGGUGCGAAGAUGGAAGACGAAGACAUUGCAAUCUGUCUGCUGCUCUGUCUUUCAAAGAGCUACGAAAAUGUGGUGCUCAACAAGAAAACGAGCAGCGCCGAGCUUCGUACCCAAGGUGUGUUUGCAGAGCGCAGUGAGGGUGCAUUAUUGGCGGCUGAUGGCAACAAGGUGGCCAUCAAGGGUGUGGGAACCAUCGUGGAAAAGGUGGUUCUGCCUAACGGUGAAGAGCGCGAGAUCGAGAUCGAAAACUCGUUAUGUGUCCCAAGUAUGAGCAAGAACCUGCUUUCGGUGCCAUAG